AUGAAUCCUCAGCCUCCAGAUCCCAGGGCAGGCAGGAAGCCUUUCCCACCUCUCCGCCGACCGUCCUCUAUCUCCAAACCAGCGACUCCCCCCACUCCACCCGAACUACCUGCCCCACAACGGACCACACAGGAGAAAUUCUUUAUCUCGACCAGCUAUUCCACCAUCACGGCCAGAGCUCUGUCAUUCCGCGGACAGGUGCUCAGUGGCGUCACCCCGCUUCAGCUGGCCAAGAAUGGCUUUCACUACCAACCUUUCUCCUCUGGCGGCCUGGCUUGCUGCUUUGCGUGUCAGUCAGCUAGACGCCUAGAUAGCUUCCAGCGCCUACCUUUCCAAGAGAUACAGCAACUACAUAGAGCAGAUUGCAUAUGGAAGGUCAUCUCCAGUGACUUAAAACAACAUCUCGAUUCCACCGACACGCACUCCUCUUCAACCGAUACACUCCAUCCGCCUCGAAUCACGUUUACCUCCACCGACCGUCUCUCCUCAGCCUCCCCACCCAACACCAAGUAUCACUACCCUACCCCUAAGCCAUCAGCCAACCUAUGCUUCGGUCCUCCAGCACCCCACCACGACUUCGCCACGAUCAAUCCCUAA